CAUUGUCAACACAUACGAUAAGGUCAAAUAUUUCUUCAAAAUCCAAAAAGUCAAAAUGUUCUGAUGUACCAAAUUGUGAGAACUGCAAUGAAGAUCAUGACAAAUCACAAACUGAAGAAAGAUCUCCAAGUGUAAUGUCAGUCAAAUCAAAUAUUUCCCAUAUUACAGAAAGAUCCAAUAAGUCACAUGCCACUGAUAUUACUGAAGACAUUGAUGAAGUCACAGAUGUAUCUACUGAAGAGCAUGUGGCAGAAGAUGUAGUGAGAGCAGAUAGUGCCAUUUCAGCCGGAUCUGCAAAGUCACAUGGCUCAACACGAUCUACGAAAUCAAAAGGCACAUUUCCAGGUGAAGGAAGUGCUGACGAAAAAAGCACAAAGGCCACAACAAGUUGUACAUCAGCUAACAAAGAAAAUGUAGAGCGAGCACAAAGUUCUAUGUCAGCAAAGUCAAGUGGUUCAAGGAGAUCUACAAAAGGAUCUCGAGCUUCUGCUGGAAAUCCGGCUGAGGAACAUGCUGAAGAAGAAACUGAGGAGAGGUCACCAAGCAGCAUGUCGGCCAAAUUAAACAAAUCAAAUGUUUCUGUGUCAUCAAGGAGCUCGACAACAUGUGAAAUAUCUUCAGAAUGCAACAAUGCCAAUGAUUUGGAGACUGUACAGAGAUCUCUAAGCUCCUUGUCAGCAAAAUCAGCCCGAUCCACCAAAUCACUGCAAUCCAACAUUUCUUCAAAAACUGCUAAGUCAAAACCCUCUGUAGGCAAAGAAAGUCAUGAAGAGAACGUGGAGAAAGAAACAACUGGAGCCUCCAAUAUAUCUACUGAAAAUUGUUUAAAUGACACUGAUGAAAAUACAGCAGAAGACACAGAGAACAGAGCAAUGACCUCAAUGUCUGCCGAGUCAAAUGCAACAUCAGUAUCUACAAAAACAAGAGCCUCUCAAAAAUCAGGGAAAUUAAAAGUGCUGGAGCAGGUAGCUGAUAAGGCAGAUCCAGCACAGAGGAGUCCAAGUGUUUUAUCAGUGAAGUCAAACACCUCAGCAAGAACCAAAAAAUCAAAUAUAUCUGGAACAGCCCCCACUGAAACGGCUGGACAUGAAGAAGAAGCUGAUGACAGUGCCAUGUCAACCAAAUUGGUUAGUUCAACAAAGUCAAAUAAAUUACAAGGUCCAGAAAUCACUACUACAAACAGUUCUGGCCAUCCCAAUGAAGAGAAUACUGAAGAGAUAUCUGAGAGAGCACAGAGUGCUGUGUCAGCAAAAUCAAAAAGGUCAGCAAAAUCAACAAAAUCUGACAUAUUAAACAAAUCAGAUGUCCCCAUCGUGACUGUUGGGGAAAAUGAAAACAGAGUGCCUACAGCCAUGUCAACCAAGUCCAAGGCUUCAUCUUCUUCAAAAAAGUCAAAAACAUCUGAGAUCAGUGGAAAGAAAAGUGCAACAGCUGCAGAUGUCUCCUCUGAGCGGACCAGUGUUUCUCCACUAAAUUCAGAAGUAAUGAAGCCAAAGGAAAAGAGCCGAUCUACUUUGCACGAAAGCAGUAGUCACUCUACAACAAUCAAGUCAAGUAAACAGAACAAAGAAAAUCCAGCUUCCAAAUCAAAGUCUGGAAGUCAUUCAGCAGUGUCAGAAACAAGUCAGAGAGCAAAGCAGCAGAAAGAAAAUGAACCACAUGUCUUAUCUCACACAGAGUCAAAUGAAAGUGACUUGUCACAAACUCUGUCUAGUUCAGAUAUCAUCAAAGAGAUCUGUGAGUCUCCAGCACACAGUCAAUCAAAACGUAAUGUUCCUAACAGGAUAAAUGGUGACCUGAAUACUAAGGAAAGCGGUGGAAGUGUCACUGACAAGAAAACUGACAAAAGCAGCAAAUAUCUGCACAAGAGCACCGAAGCUCAUGAUUUUGACCUGGUCCCAUCUAGCCUACCCAACGCAUCCCCUACUGAGGUUGUAAAUGAAUGGCUGAAAACACUGCCAGCAGAGGGUGAAUUAGAUGACGUAGAGGAAUUUAAUGAAAACCACGAUGGACCAAAAACUAACCCCGCAACAGAAGAAAUUAACAGAGUGGAUACUGUUAACAACCCAACUGAGAAUUCAAAAGGCCCAGUAGAAGGAGAGGCAAAGAAAUGUGUUCCUAAUAAUGACUGUGAAACAAGCAAAGAAACAACAAAGGAAGAUAACGCCUCUACUGACGCAGACAAUGCCUCAACAGUAUUUAACUCUUCCAUACAAGUGAUGAAAGUCCUUUUAAAUCCAAAGCUAGACAGAUGCAACAGUUUACCAGAAAUUUCUCCAGCUUAUGGACGUAAGCUGAGCUCCUCAGCUAGAGGUUUUUUGGAUUGCCUUGUGAAGCUGCAGCUAAUAGACCGUGAUCCAAAAAAUGCCAAUGAAAAAAAUGAAAGGUAUCAAGAACUUAUGGGUAUUCUUCAGUCCCUUUGGCUUUGUGAUCCUCCUGAAAAUGAACAUGCAUUACGGAAAGAUGAUCACCAUUUUGCAGAUGAUGAUUUCAAUCAUACGUCAUCCUCUGGCGUGGAUGUCAACAGUGGCUCCACAGGCUCCGGGAACAGUAGUGAUGGUAUAAAGAGGGGCAAUGACGUGAAUGGUGAUGUUUCUCAGACUCACGCCACUGUGGAUAUGUUUAUGAAGGUACAACAGGUGUGUGAAGUUGAAACAGAUGCAGAUGUUCAGAGCACAUCAGUAAGAAAGGCAGAAGGAAUGUGUGAAGAUAAGCAAAAGGAAGUCUAUCCAGCAAGCACUGAUAGUCUAAGAGAACAAUCUGAAACACCACAUUCCUCAAACAAGAGUUCAAGAAAUUUCAGCGAGGGCCAAAAACUCCCAGAAGCUGAAACCGAUUCUUCAGAGAACAGCAACUCUGAGAGCCCUCUCCUCAUAGAAAGAGAAGAGCUAGCUAAAAUGAUUUCACAAGAUGAUCCUGCUUGGGUCUUAACCUUAUUAAAUAAGAUUGAAAAACAGUUCAUGACUCAUUAUAUCAAAGCGAUGAAUGAGUUCAAAGCUCGAUGGAACCUGGGAGAUAAUGAGCAGCUUGACAGUAUGAUUAAUGAACUUAGAGCUGAGGUUCACAAAAGAAUCCAAGUAAGUAUUGACAGGGAACUGUGGAAAAUUCAAACUCAAAAAGGCCAACCAAGACCUCCAAGAGAGACAAAAUCCAGUGUUUCAACGACACAAGCAGAAGAGAGAAGACGGAAACUGAAGGUCAACCUCAAACCAUCGACUGAUUCACAUGCAGAAAAAAGCGAUGAUUCAGCAACAGGGACGUCUUACAGUGACCAGCGCAGUGAAAACGACGAUGAAUGCUGUCAAUGCGAAACGUGCAUUAAGAAAAAAAAGACGUGUAGGGCACCUCUUCAGGGAGAUUCGAUGACAACUGUACCUGCUGCCACGGCAAUCAAGUGUGUAUCUCACCCUGGAAAUAUUCAUGAAACACAAGCGGCAGAAACCCUUGUGGAAAAAGUUAUUGUUAAAGCUUUAAGGGAAGUGGGAGAAGUACAUCCGGGCACUGAAGAUAUCUCUACAUUUGCAGCAGAUGAUAUGCAUCAAGAUGCAGUUCAUGAAGAUGUUUCUGAAAAGAAUGAAGCAAAAGAACAUGCUGCCAAAGAAAUGCCUGAAAAAACUGUUGCUGAAGAAAAUAAGGAGGAGAAUGAUGCCAAUGACAUAGGUGAAGUACGAAAACAAAAAGAUGAUAAGUCAUUUGAGUCAUUUGUGGCAUCAGCAACUAAACUGGAAUAUGACAAAGGAGGAGCAAAGAAUGAAUGGUUGACAGCAAAGAACAUAAUACUGCCAUCAAUGCAGUUGAUCAUGCAGAAGAUGAGUGCUAAUGAAAAGGAUGCCACAGCUGAUGAAUUGUUACAUGAACCAACAGAAUCAGGGAAAAUUGUGCAAAUUGUAUCCACAAAUGGAGAAGAAUUUGCUGAAGCUAUCAGGUCAAAUGAUGAAGUCCCAAAACAAGAAGAUACUGUAUAUUAUAAUAAGCCUGCUCUAAUAAAACAUAUUGUGGUUACGAGUGAAGAUGACCCUAAGGAAGACACAGUAGAGACUAUUCUGACAUCUGAUACUAAGCAUGAACCUGAGGAAGAAGCAGCAAAGAAGGAAUGGUUAACGGUAAAGAAUACGUUGCUGCCAUCAAUGCAGAUGAUCAUGCAAAUGAGAAUUCGGAAAGACCAGCUGAUGAAAGCAGAUGGAAGUGAUGCAACAGCUGAUGAACCGCUAAAUGGACCGACAGAAGAAGCUGAAAGUGAAGACACUGAAGACUCAAGUGAAGAGAAGUCUAAGGAAGAUGUUGCUGAAGGUACCAUGGUUCAAGAUGAAGACACACAUGUCGCAGGAGCAACAGCUGAGCAAAAUCCAAUGCCAAAAGAAAGUAAAUCAGGGAGGUUUAAGGUAAAGAAGAGAGUGCAUAUGAUGCAGGAGGAAGUGGUGAAUGAAGAUUUAACUAUAGUUGAUGAAUUUGUAAAAGAAGAAGAAGAAGCAGGGUGUAAAGGUAAACUUCCUGCAGAAAAUGAGAUUGCUGGCUUGAGUGAAGAUGAGUCAGGUGAGGAGUCUGCUGAAGCUACUACUACUGAAAAUGAAACUACAGCAGUAGAAACCACCACAGAAGCUGCAAGUGAGCAUGAAUCGGGGACAGAUGAGGUCUGGGAAGAAAAAGUACUCCCUGAAGAAGAGAAAAUGUCUACCAUUAGUGAAGACGAGUCUGUGGAUGAAAGCAUUGAUGACGAAUCUACAGAAGAACCAGGUGACCCAGCAACAACUGAGGAUGAGACAGCUGCAGAAAAGGAGAUUGGUCUCACAGGAAAAGCUGAAUCAAAGUAUGAAAAUGCUGAAGAUGAAAUUGCAAACAAAGAUACUGUUAUGGUAGCCUCAACUGAUCAUGAAUCUGAGGGUGAGGAAGCUGUGGAAUCACUGAAGGUUGAUGAUGGAGAAGAGACUGAUGCUACCAGUGAAGAUGACUCUGACUCUGAAGAUUUAAAUGCCACCACAAAUGAAGAAGACGAGGAAAAUGAUGUCACAAGUAACGAUCUGUCAAAUGAACCAUCUGAAAUAGCAACAACUGAAGAUGAGUUCCUUGUAGAAAGAGAGACCGCUGCUACAAGUGAGCAUGAACUUACGGAAGGCACUUACGAAGCAUCCACAGCUGAAGAUGAAAAUGUACCUGUGGAGAGCAGCAUGGUGGCCACAAGUGAGCAUGAAUCUGAGGAAGAUGAGGCUGUGGAAAAAGGAACAGUCACUGAUGAAGAGAAGAUUCCUGCUAUCAGUGCAGAGGAGUCAGAGGCUGAAAACGAUGACACGAACAAAUCGUCAGAAGAACCAGAUGGAGUAGCAUCAGCUGAAGACAAGGCAGCUGCAAGGGAAGAGAUUUCUUCAGCAGGAAAAGGUGACUCAAAGGAUGAAACUGCAGUGGAAGAAACUGACAAUGAGGAAGCUGUGAAAGCAGAGGAUGCUGACAAUAGAGAAGAGAUGGGUGCUGUCACUGAAAAUGAUUCAGGAGAAGAUCUAGAUGCCACCACAAAUGAAGAUGAGACAACCGAGGAGGAUGACACCACAGAACCAGCUGAAGAAACAACCGAAGAUGAACGCGUGAUCGAAACAGAGAUUGCUGUUUCAACCGAGAAUGAACCUAACAGAGCUGCUGCUGAUGAAAACGUGGAAGAAACCACAAGUGACAAUGAAGCUGAAGAUAAUAGUGCAGCAGAAGAGCCUGAUAAUACUGCAACAACUGAACAUGACUCAGACACAGCAGUGGCUGUGGACACCGCCAGUGCAAGUGAAUCUGAGUCAGAAGAUGAGGCUUCUGAAGCAAAAGAGAGUGCUGUCACAAGUGAAGAUGACCUGAAGAAAGCUGUUGUUGAGGCCACUCAGGAAGAGGCAGCAGAAGAUGUGACAGAUGCCGCCGAGCACGAAUUUAACAAAGACACCAGUUCAGAUGAGUCAGAUGUGAAGGAAACGGAUGAAAAACUGAGUGAAGAUGAGAUUGCUGAGCAAAAGGAAAUUGCUGCCACAAGCGAAGAUGAAAUGGCAGAGGAAGCAGAUGAAACAAGUGAUGAGUCAGACAAGACAGAGUCGUCUGAAAAAAUCGGAGAAAGCAGCGCUAAUGAAGAAUGUAAAGAAGACGAAAAAGGUGAAGAUAACAGUAAGAAGCUAGUAGAAGGUGAAACAACUGGAGAUGAAUCUGAAGAACCUGGAAAGGAAGAGGUGGAAUCUGGUGAAAAUGAAUUGACUUGUGAAGAUUGCACAGAGGCUUUAACAACAGAGGGCGAGACUGAAAAGCAUGAAACCACAGAGGAAGACUCAGGACAGCCUGAAGCAGGAGAGAAUGAAACUGAUGAAAGUGACAGCAGGGAAGAAUCUGGAGCAGAAGGUACAUCUGCAGGAGAGGAGGCUGAAGAAACUCAAACGGGAAAGGUGGAAUCUACAGAUGAUACGGAAGAUGAAUCCGAGCAAGAUGAAGGACAGAAUGCUGUCAGUGAAUCAGAGACUAAUGCCAACAAACCAGAGAGUGGAUGCCAAGAAAGUGAUGUCACUUGUCAAGAAGAUACUAAUGAUGCUGAUGAUGUAGUGGAGCUUAAACCAGGAGAGGAUGAGGACGUGGAGGAAAAAUCAGAAACCAAAGAAGAAAUCAGAGAAAACAACCCAGAGGAUGAUGUUACACAAUGUAUUAACAUCCCAGAUGGAAGUACCGACGCUUCUGAAAAGGAGGAUGAGGAAACCGAGACACCCAAUGAAGACUGGAGUGAAAAAGAGGGAGAUUCAGCUGAUGGAGAAGACGAAGCAGAGGAAGACUCAGAUGAACCAGAGGAAGAAAGUGGUGACAUACAGCUUCCUUUGGUUACCAGCAAGAUAGACAAUCAAGAUGUAGCUAAUGUAGUACCUAAGAACGCGCUAAAGCCACUUGAUACUUUGAUCAAAGAGACCGCAGAAUCUGAGGACGGCACUUACGCUGACAUUGAAGAUUCAGAGCCUGAAAUAAACAGCCAAGAUGACAUUAAAAGCCUUGAGACAAAGAGUGUGAAAAAGAAGUUGUUUUGAAUUGACCGUGACUCUGCCAAAGCUGAGGGUGACUGAUAGAGAGUGAGACAUGGGAGAAAAAAAUGAGGGGUAUUCUUAAUAUUUUAGGUUAGGUCUCCUAAAUGAAAAAAAGCAAAAGGACUGAUGUAGAUUAUCCUAAAUCUAAAGUAGCACUAUUACGCUCUAGUUAACAAGCACUAAACAUGAUAAGCACACAAGAUGAGAUACUACAGCAAAUUUUAGUAUCUGCAGAACACAAACUGCUCAUGCAAAAAUAUGAAAAACUUGAAUGUAUAUAAUGCAUAUCUAAACUAAAUCAUAGAGUAUUUUAUUACAUAUAACCUGCAAUUCUGAGCCUUAGACAGAACAUGGCACUGUUUAUGAGCUAUGCUUUCCAAAACUUGACAGUAUGGUUCUGUUCCUGUGAACAACUUACAAAUGUCACACGUGCACACACAUACUGUAAUUUUUGUCAGAAUUGCUGCAGUUCUUUUACAUGUUUUGCUGCUUAACAUUUUUUGCAGGAGUGUGGGUGUUUUUGAAUGAAUCCUAUUUAAUCAAAUAGGUUUUGAUUCUAUUAUAAGCAUGCAAAAAAAUAUGUAAUUUUCCAUAACCCCAAAACUGUUGGGGUGCUGUGUAAAAAAAGAAAAAAGUUCUUUAAAAAUCAAUUGAGAUCUUUAUUUAUUUAUCAGAUUUUUGAAAGGUACAAUUCUCAGGUUCAGUAUAUUUUGUCUUUGAACCUUUUCUAAUCAAUUAUAAAUGCAUUCUGGCUUCUACCUGUCUUAUACAGUACCCACACUUUUUUGGAAAAAAAAGUUGUAAAAUAAGUUUUCUCAGCAACCUGGAAAAAACUAAUAAUAUUUAUUUAUGUGUUUGGUGUACUGCUGUGUAUGUAAUGUACUCUUGUACUUUAGUGUUGCAUAUACAGAGCAAAUCGGUGUAAGCAGAUGGAAAUCUCUCAAAAGGAAUGAAAGUCAGAGCUGGUUUUUAUGUAUCACAACAUCCUGCCCUUAUGUAUUUUAGAUGAUUCAGCUGUAAUUACAUGAAAAAUCUACGUGAUUUUCUGUGGUACAGGGAAUUACCUUUGCUCAGUGUACUGCACAUAUUGAUAUUAAACAUACUUGAAAGUAA